UGUCUCUCACAAAAAAAUGUUUUUAUUCCUCUCAUGGAAGCUUCUCUGGUCUGCAUUUUCUAUGUGCCGUGCGGCGUCUCCCUUCUUCUUCUACCGCGAGAGUUGCAAUUCUAAUGGCGACGGAAUCAAUUUCUCUUAACCCUUUAUCUUUCUCAAGGUUAACGAAGAACCCAUCAAAUCAAUUUCGUAAAAGGAGAAAACUUUCCUGUCGAACUCGUCGCUCUCAAUUCGGUGCAAUCUGCUCGAAAACAUCUGAUUAUCAAGAUUACCAGAGCUAUGCAAGACCUUUGCGUCUCUUACUAGCAGAAGAAGUGAAAGUUUCUAGCGCGAACCCAUCAUUCACUGUGACCGAGUCUCGCUCUCUUUAUAAGGUGAAGCUGCAGACAAGUAACGUGUUCGGCUCAGGGAUCAGCGAUAUGAAUGCUAGAGUUCUUAUAUGCUUGAUAGACGACAAGGGUGAUUCAGUGUUACAGACUAUACCUGCUACUUUGUCAAGCAAUGAUGAAAGCUUCAAGUUUCAGAGAGGAUCGGUUGAUGAGUUCACUUUUUUAGGACCGGAACUCGGCAAGAUCAGAGCUUUUUGGAUCAGUCUUGAGUCUGGCCAAUGGAGAGUUGGAGGAGUGAGCUUGUGGGUGGUUAAAGCACCUGGUCUUGGAGAGACCAAUGUAGAAGAAGCCUACUGUUGCCGAUAUGAUUUUGAAGUCGAUGAUGUCUUGCUUGGAGAGGGCAGUGACCUGUCAAUGGUGGAACUCAGACCUACACGUAUCACUGAACUCGCUGACUCUGAUCAAAUCUUUUCGCCUUCAGCUCAGAAUCUUGACCGUACAGUCGUUUCCAACGAGGAAAGCAUGGAAGAAUACGCAAACUUGAAGCUCUCUCUGCUUCUCUAUGAUGCAGUUCUCAUCCUUCUCGGAAGUUCUGUCUUCUCCUUCUCUCUAGGAGAAAAUUCCGCCGUUGCUUUCUUCUUCGGUGGAACAGUUGGGUUUCUCUACUUGCUGCUCCUACAGAGAUCAGUAGAUGAACUCCAAGCACCAGGAUCUUCUUCCUCAUCUGAAAACUCCAGUCAAAUCCUCAGGGGAAAACUCAAGAUUCCGGUUUUAAGUCUGGCAUUCGCCAUAGGAUUGUCCGUUUUAGCCAUCAGAGGUUCCAGUGGAGGAGAUCCCACUGCGUUUGCGGUUACUCCAAGAGAGAUUGUGGUGGGGACUUUGGGCUUUCUUGUGUGCAAAGUAGCCGUUGUUUUGGCUGCGUUUAAGCCCUUGAAGGAUGGGUCUUAACACUUUUAAAGAGAGGCAAUGUUUGUCUUCUCUUCUCUUCCUGGGAAGCUCUCACUUGAGUGUUCAAAGCCUGAAUAUAGAUGUACAUAACAUUGUAUACAAAAGGGAUAUGUAAAUAAGAAUAGAUCCAUGUGUAUCUUCCA